CGGAACUUACGAACAGCGGCGAUUAAGUUGACUCGGAUAGAAACCGGAUAGAAACCGAAAGGGGCUGUACCGGUACUUAUUAAUUGAUUGAUGCUAGUUUGAGCUCGGUUGCAGCAGCUUGAUAAUUAUGAUCAAUUGAUUCGAUUCUCUAGCCAACUUUCUCAAGAUUUAAUCUGUUUUCGACGGAUAAUCGGAAGAUGACACCUUAGAGCAAUUGCUUGGCUGUUUCUCCCUCACUGACGUCAAGCGGAUGGAUAACUUGGUGAUAUUCUCGGUCAGGUAUGAGGACAAAGGGAGUUGUAUUCUGAGUCGCCUUACAAGCUAUAAUAAUCAUACAAUUACAUCUAUAACGGAUUCUUUUCAAUUUCAAGCUCGCUCGUUUUCUCUGUUCAUUAUUUGCCUUUUAUCUUCAAUAUUCACAUCUGCGCGUGUUGGCUACCUCUCACAACAUUUUCAGCUUCAAUUGACUCGACUUCUCCAACAUGUCAUCUCAACCCUCGACCGUCGAACAAAUGAAGGACAAAGCUUCUUCCGCAUACGAGACUGUAGUCAACAGUGUAUCUGCGAUUUCUGAAGAUGGUGUGUAUGAUCCUGACCAAGACAAGAACAAGGUUGGAAAAGAUGCACACGGGAACAAGUUUAGGAAGGGCGAUUUCAAAGAUAAAUUGAAUCAAGCUGCUUGUGGGGGACAACCGGAAAAAGAAGAAAGCCUGACAGAGAAAGCAUUUUCGUGGAUACCAGGCGUAAGCGCAUUACAAAAAUCAACUUUGGAACAAGGACCGGACGAUACAACGGUGAAAGGCAAUGAAGCACCCCCAGUUCGGCCACAACACGAUGUACCGAUUGAACAAUUUUUGAGAAAGCAAUAUCAUAGCAGAAGUGGAGAAGGGAUCCCAAACCCUAAGGAAAGUAAUUGA